AUGAAACUGAUUACAUUUGUACAAAACGAUGACUUGUGCCUUUUUAAUUUAAUGUCUGUACACCCGGUGAAUCAAUUUGUCACAUGUAAAGAAAAAAAUCUAUUACCAACUGAACGUAUAUCAAUUAUUCAUGCUGCUGCUUAUUAUGAUGCAAUCAACAUAUUUAUUUAUCUUGAUCGUGAGAUGAAUAUGAGUAUUCAGAAUAAAACUGACCAAAAUUAUACACCUUUACAUUAUGCGUGCGCAAACAACUCUAUUGAAGUUGCUACAUAUAUAUUAAUCAAAAACCCUCAAUUAGCUGUUCAAAAUUUUAGAGCAAAAUACGAUUUACUUUAUCUUGCGAUAAAUUCUCGAUCAGAAUACUUAGUUAAGCUCUUAUUAGAAUGCAAAUUUCAGCCUAAAUUGGGUGAUUGGAUGAAUUCGCAUUUUAUCUUCGCUUCCAAAAAAGGUUGCAUUAAUAUUUUAAAUUUAUUACUUCAAUACUCAUCAGAUAGGAAUGCAGGUGAAAAAAUUAUUAAUUAUGCAAUUCGUUUCCAAAGAACUUACAUUGUUGAUGCUUUAAUAAAAUCUGGAUAUAGAGUUGACAGUAUGACCCAAGGAAAAUUACCUUUACAUGAAGCUUUAUCAAGUCCUGUAGUAAAUCUCGACAUAAUAAAGCUAAUUGUUAAUAAUUCAUAUUAUUUUGAUACAAAUGAAAAAAGUUCUCUUUCAACUGUCCAUUAUAUAUGCAAGUCUAUGAAUUCUAAAGCCGCGAAGAUGAUAUUAAGGCAAGAUGUUGACGUAAAUCGCUUAGAUUUUGAUGGAAAUCCAGGACCUUUUUAUUGA